AUGUCAUCCAACACGAACACCCCCGUGCUUCAGCCCACGGGUGCCGCUCACAACAACCAUCGACCCGCGGCACCAUCUCCGUUGGCGACGUCUCACACCCUCGACCCCCUCGACGACAUUCCUCCCCUGUCGCUCGAGAUUCUCUCCACCCGCGAAGACAAAGCCGAAGCGCUGCACCUCGUCGCCGACUCCAUCGCUCAGCAGCGCCAGCAGGCAGCGUACGCACUCGUCUUUCACCCCGUCCCCCUGGCAGGUCUCACGGUGGCCCUCGGCAUCGCCUACCAGUACUCUUACGGCCGUCGGGGGGACAUUGGCAUGGCCCUCACCCUCCUCAGCGGCAUCAUCAUGUCCUACCUCCUGGCCAUCCGCUGGGCGACGAGUGGUUACCUGCCCCUCGCCGAGCAGAUGUCAUGGUCCUUCAUCCGACCCCAUCCGGACGCCUCCCCCGACGAGGAGGACCUGGUGCUCGCCACCCGCUUCGGCUCCGAGAUCGUCGGCGCCCUCGUCCUGCACCUCGAGCCCGCGAGCCCAAUGGCCGCCACGACCUUCAGCAACAAGCGCAGGAACAAGGCCGGCAGCUUCCGCGGCGGCAAGGGCAUCAUCCGCGCCUGGACGACCAAGCUCCGCUACCGCGGCAAGGGCGUCGGCACCGACAUGCUCGACGAGGCCAUCCGCGUCACUCGCGAGCGCUGCGGCAAGGACGCCGAGGUCGGCUUCGCCCUGGAGCACGCCAACAGCAAGAUGGUGCUGCCCGAGUUCUUCAACGGCACAUUCAGGAAGCAAGAGCGCUGGGCCGCCAAGAAGCUCGACGCCGUCUUGGCCGAGCGCGAGAUGACCAAGAAAAAGAGGUAA